AUGGCCAGUGAUGGAGCAUCUGUAAUGACGGGAAAGGCAAAUGGAGUUGGAGCUCGAGUCCGUGCUGAUCACAGCCCACGUCUCCUUCAAGUCCACUGUGUUGCUCAUAGACUUGCUCUAGCCGCUAGACAGGCCUGCAGAGACGUUCCACUUUUUGAUGAUUUUCAGAGAAGCCUUAAGUUGAUUUAUAGAUACUUCCACAAUUCUGCUGUUCGUUACAACCAGCUCAGAGCAGUGGAGGCCCUUCUUCAGGAUGACAACAUGCGCUGUCUGUCAUUGAAGGAACCUGCCAGUUCCCGUUGGCUCUCUCUUGAGGCUGCAGUGACAGCUAUCUUAGAUACAUAUCCAGCUCUACUUGUGACACUGGAUAGUGAUGCUGCGAAGGGUAGUACUGCUGGAAAUGCUGAGGCAAAAGGACUUCUUAAUCGCAUCAAGCCUGUGACCUUUGUACUCACCACUGCUUUUCUGAAGGAUGUCCUGUCAUGUGUUGGUAAACUCUCCAAGGUAUUCCAGCGUGACCACGUGGAUGUAGAUACUGUUAAUGUGAUGGUGGAUGCUACCCUUCAGAAACUGGAGUCUAUAAAGACUGACAAUGGACGACACCCCCAGGAGGUAUAUGACAAACUUCAGCAGCGUGAUGGAUAUUAUCAAGAUGUAAAGAUUCAGGACCGCCAGUCUAUGCGGAUUCAAUUCCAGACAGAGGCCAACAAAUACCUUGACAAGCUGUGUGAAAAUCUUCGUGACAGAUUUGAGCAGGACUCCUUGGGGAAGAUACAGAUGCUUAACAUCAUCCUCAAUCCAGAAUGCCUGCCAUCCUCAUUGACUGCAGUAACUGCCCAUGGGAAAGAAGAGCUCCAGACUCUUGUUGAUUUAUAUGGAGGGGAAGAUCCACUGGAUGAUGGAGACCAACUGAAAGAGGACUUUGAACAAUUCAAAUGUGUUUUGAAAUCACUCCGUGGGAAGUCUCUGAAAGACAGUUGUGUCCAUAUUGUUAGUAAAUACUCGGAUGUAUUUCCAGACUUCGCUAUCCUCGCACAGAUUCUUCUGGCCGCCCCUAUGACAUCUGUGGCAUGUGAACGUGGAUUUUCAUCGCAAAAUAGACUAAAAACAAAAGCCAGGUCUUGUUUGAAACAUGCUACUGUGACCAAACUCAUUAGAAUCUCGGAGGAAGGCCCCAGUGUGACAGACUUUGACCCCACUGUUAGCAUCAGGAAGUUUGUGAAAACCAAACAGAGGAGGAAGUGA